GAUCCUCCCACUUUAGGUUUUCAUAAACGCUCCAGGGUCUCUCUCUCAAAGAAGCGUCAACACAUCAAACAUGAGGAACCUGUGAUGACGCAGUGAAAUCUUCACACAGCAGGGUGAAAUCUGGAGAUUAAACUCACGUCGUUUUGAAAGACUGGAUUUCUCUUGAAAUGAGAACCAUGGGUACAUCCGAGAAGAACAACAACACCCCAGACGAGCCUCAUCUCACAAACGGGAGUGAGAAGGCGAGAACGCUGAGGCACUUUCCUCCAUACGGUACCAUGAAUGGGAGCUCAUCAGGAGACACUUGCCCCACAUGUCGUGGCACCGGGCGAAUACCCAGAGGACAAGCCGACCAGCUAGUUGCUGUAAUUCCCUGUAAUGAUGUCAGGCUGAAACCCAGACGCACGAAGCUGUACGUGUGCGUCUCCAUGGUUGUGUGUCUCCUGCUCUGUUGCCUGAUCCUCUUCUUCCUCUUCCCCCGGAGCGUCACCCUGACGCCCGUGUCUGUGCUGUCAGUCAUGGUCUACUUCACCCAGGACUCGGUUGAAAUGGAGGUCACGAAUCUCAUCAACAUCUCCAACCAAAACUUCGUCCCGGUUCAGAUCGUGGAGUUUGACAUGCAAGGUCUGGUCUCUGACGCCGUCGUGGGAAAGAUCAAGAUCUCUAAUAUGACCGCCAUCCCGUCCCGCUCCAAGAAAUCUUACGUCAUUAAGAUCGACCUGCCCAUUUUAGACAAAGGAUUAAACACUUACUGCAAGUCGACCUCCAUCAAGAUUCACACGUUAUUCCUGGAGCUGCAAAUGACAAUGAACAUUUCUUAUCUCUCUCACACGGAGCAGCUGUCUCUGGACACCUUCGAGUAUAUUGACUGUGGCACCAACUCCACAAUCCCACAUCCUGUGAGAUGAUGAAAUGGAAAUGAAAAACACAGAAGCGUGAAAUGAUGAAUAUUCUGCCUGCAUUGCACCAUUAUCUCGUCUGUAUGGGAUGUGAAUUUGCUAAUGAUAAACACUGUGACAAGGCGCCGCGUCUUAUUCUGUAUGUUGUUUUAGCAUGCUGUAAGGCUCAAAUCAAUCACUACAACGUCGUGAUUUCAAAAUUGAACACUUCAUUGACUUGUGACAGCUGUUGUGUUUGAGAUACAGUAAAUCUGUAUCACAGGUAAGGUGGUCCUGAGGAAGUCUGUGUGCACACUUCUUGAAAUGAAGAUGUAACUUGUAAACUUCUUACAAAUUCUGCUAUUUUCAAAAUGUUUAUGAAGCAGUUUACUUUUUUUUAACAGGGUGGCAUGUGUUGUGUAAAUAUGUGUUCAGUUUGCUGAUGAUCUUUUGUAAUUUGCACUAUAUUAAACAGUCUGUAUGACGUAUUCUCCUCUUAAAAUACGCCUCAGUUUGUUGCC